AUGCUCUUGAAUGCUACUUUACACCGUAGUUGGUAUGCUGCAGGUGAUAUUGUUCGAGCUGAGAUUUGUCUCCAUAGUCUCCCAAAUACGCAUGGUGGGAUAACUAAUGAACUACUUAUGCGUUUUAGGCAAGUAGAUAAUUACUUUGCGGAAAUAGAUAAUGAUAAUCCUCGUUCCAUUCAUGUGCAUACAUUAUCGGCACAGAUUAUUGGUAUUUGUGAUGUGGAUUCUCGUCGUAUUCAAUAUGAGCUUAAAGAAGAAACGUCUAAAAAUGAACAAUCUAGAGCAUUUGUUGAAGAAAAAAUUUCAAAAUAUCAUGAAAUUCACAAACUUUUUUCAUCUAAAGAGUUUUCCAUUGCUAAGGAAAUACCUUUUCAUGAGAGAGAAACUAAGGCUUUCACAGUGACAUUUGCUCUUCCAGAUUACUUACCACCUUCAUAUCGUGGACAAUGUGCGCGAUUCUAUUAUGGACUUCAUCUUUAUGGUACUUAUUCUGGACCACGUGGAAGAAGUAUCCCUAUGAAACUACGUCUUCCUAUAAAAGUAUUUUCUUCACAAGCAGUUAUAAGUCCGUUAUUACUUCCUCCAUAUUUUCCUUUAGAAAAUUUUGACUUUGGAGAAAAAGUUGUCUUGCUACAACCUGUUCCUUCACCAGCUGUAACAGACCCUCUUCAAGAUGAUUUAAUGCCAUCUGAUGUAGAGACUUUUAGUGUUCGUCACCUUUGGAAAAGAGCAUCAAACUCAAUUGCGAAGCAACUUUCUGAGCAACGAACUCCAUUAGAGUACCCUGUAAAACUUGGAGGAGAAGUUGUAGUAAGUGUAAUUAUUCUAUCUACAACAGUUAACAUUGGUGAAUCAUUAAAUGGUGUUUUUGUACUUCGACCUAAUCUCAAAUCUCAACUGAUAAAAGUUAUUGGAGGCGUUGAAUUUCUUGAGUGUUGCUGUAGUGAUCAUUUAAAAAAGGGAAUCACAUGUUACCCACUUCCAGGAGAAAGGGAAAAGGGUCUGACAGUUGUGCAGACAACUGUAAUUGAGGAGUAUGAAUGGUCUUUACUUGGGCGAGAUUCUGUACCAUUUUCUGUUUCCUUUACAAAUCCCAAUUAUUAUGCCUCUAUGCAAACUGAUGUUGUAACAACUUUUUGGCAAUUGCGAAUACGAUUUCUUUGGUCUCAUCCAUCGGCUGUGCAGCAGUUCUACACAGGUCAUAGCGAUGGAAUUGAUAUAGCUGAAGAUGAACCAGAAUUGAUACUACCACUAACGAUUGUACCACCUCCUCACCGUGAACACCCUCGUAUGGGCAACACUGUGCAGGUCCUCUGCUAA